CUGCUCUGUGAUUGGCUGCUGAGUGCAGGUUCCUGAUGUGUCGCUCAAGCAGCUGGAGCUUCGGAUGUGUUUGCAUCCGUUCAUGACAAACGAUCUUGCACAGUGGAUCCCGACCCCACAGACACACUCCGAACCGAAACCAGCUCCAGAAAAUGGCUCAGUGUGCAGCGCUGGCGGCGGCCAGUGGCGAUGUGAACGGAGACGGCAAGACGAAGAGGAAAGUGGCCAUCAUUACAGGCAUAACCGGUCAGGAUGGGUCCUACCUUGCUGAGUUUCUGCUGGCUAAAGGUUAUAAGGUUCACGGUAUCCUUCGCAGGUCCAGUUCUUUUAACACGGGCCGGAUUGAGCACCUUUAUCAUAACCCUCAAACACACACAGAAGGAAACAUGAAGUUGCACUACGGAGACUUGACUGACAGCACGUGCUUGGUAAAGAUUAUCAAUGAAGUCAAACCCACUGAAAUAUACAACCUUGGAGCACAGUCUCACGUCAAGAUCUCCUUUGACCUGGCUGAGUACACCGCAGAUGUUGACGGGCUGGGGACCCUACGGCUGCUGGAUGCAGUGAAGACCUGCGGUUUAACUGACACCGUCCGCUUCUACCAGGCCUCCACCAGCGAGCUCUACGGGAAAGUACAGGAAAUUCCCCAGAAGGAGACCACACCAUUUUACCCACGUUCUCCUUAUGGUGCUGCUAAACUCUAUGCGUACUGGAUAGUGGUAAACUUCAGGGAAGCCUAUAACCUCUUUGCUGUGAAUGGGAUCUUGUUCAAUCAUGAGAGUCCUAGAAGAGGUUCGAAUUUUGUAACUAGGAAGAUCAGUCGCUCUGUGGCGAAGAUCCAUCUUGGGCAGUUGCAGUGCUUCAGUCUGGGCAAUCUAGACUCCAAGAGAGACUGGGGCCAUGCCAAAGAUUAUGUGGAGGCGAUGUGGCUGAUGUUGCAGCAGGAGGAGCCUAUCGAUUUUGUCAUUGCGACGGGGGAAGUGCACAGCGUACGGGAGUUCGUUGAGAAGGCCUUCAAACACGUGGGCAAAACCAUUGUGUGGGAGGGGAAGAAUGAGGAGGAGGUGGGCCGAUGUCAGGAGACGGGAGAGAUUCAUGUGAAGGUGGAUCCGAAGUACUAUCGGCCAACUGAAGUGGACUUCUUACAGGGAGACAGUUCAAAAGCCUUGACGAUCCUGGGCUGGAAACCACGUGUGACGUUCGAGGAGCUUGUUAAAGAAAUGGUGGACGCGGACAUCGAGCUCAUGCAGAACAACCCAAAUGCCUGAGCCCACACGCCUUCAUCUCCAUGCAUGCCAAAGAGGCGGUUGUCAUGUGUUUGUGUGUGUGAUCACUGGAAGAAGCAUUCAGCUGCAUUUCUGUUCCUCUGUCUGUCGUUUUCGCUGCUGCUUCAGCUUUCUGAUCUCAGUUUCACUGUGUUUUGAAGGUCCCCGCUGUUGCCUUUCUCUGUUCCUUAAUACUGUCAUAUUUAAGAUUAUGUGUAUGGAUUUUUAGUUUGUGUUCUGUCUAAAUGAUUUUUAUCCAUUUUUUAUAAAGCGGUUUUUAUUCAUAAUCAUGAAA